CUGCCCCUUUGAGGGUUAAUCGCAAGGGUUUGUUCCAGCAAUGACUUUGCUAGCGUGCAUAUAGGGGCCCUCCCGGUUUGGGGGCUUUAUUUUUCGAGCAGGGCAUACAGUAGCUUGGGUCACACGCGCGCGCUGCUAAGGAUGUGUGUAAUGCUAUGAUUACUAGGACCGCUUUAUUGCAUUUUGGGGAGCGUGCGGGUUCUCUAGUCGUGGGAUAAUGUGAUUACUGUCUGCGAAAUGAGGAAGCCCAGCAACAGCUUUGGGGGACAGUUUGGGCUGUGGAGGAAAAAUCUGUUUCCCUAAAACUCUGUAAUAUCCUUUACAAAAUCCUCCCUCCCUCCGUCUCUCUCCCAACUUUCCAAAGGUUUGAUUGCCAUUUUAGCCACUUCUCCCUUUAUCUCUGGGAACAAGGAGUGUUUGUACAAAGAAGCCAAACCUCCAUGCUGUUCUCCAAUAGGAUUGAGGUCAGUAACACAGUGAGUGAGUAUCCAUAGGCCUUGGCAAGAUCAGAAACAAUACACAAAGAACAUCUGCUGCAAUAGACCUUGAGUGAUUUAUGCAUGCGUGAGAAGGUCAGCUAAAAUGUGGUUUCCUCAACACAAUGAAAGGUAUCCCUUAAAUCAGCCUUUCCCAACCUUUUGACCCUGGAGGAACCCUUGAAAUAUUUUUCAGGCCUCCGGGAACCCCUGCACAUUCAGGCUCAGAUACAGGCCAGAAGGUACAACAUCAUUAUAUUCAUUUCAUGGGUAGGCCUGUGUAGGUGCAUGAACAGUGUUCUUAAACUGAAAAUAAAGAAUGAAACUUCUUUAUCUGAAGUUGCCCGAAUCUGAAAUAAUUUUUAAAACCGUGAUCUCCCAGGGAACCCCUAGGGACCUCUCGCAGAACCCUAGGGAGCCGCAUAACCCUGGCUGAGAAACCCUGAUUCAAGUGGAGGGCAGCAAGUUGAAGAAGAGUUGUUUAAGGAAGCAUCUUCUCUACAGUAAUAUGUCAAAGAUAUAAUAAUAAUAGAAAUUUGAAAAAACAGAAAUUUGAAAAAAAUAAAUGUCAACGAUAAUUGUCUACAGGAAUGAGCAAUGCCAAUUUCUUUGAUUUCCAUGCAGUCUGAAUCCUGGUUUCGUUUGUAACAGACAGCUUGGACGAUGCCAGGGAAAAUUACAGGUGAGGCAUUAAGAUCUUACUUUCACCCAGCUGAGAACUACAGAAAUCAGGACAAAAAUCUUAGGGUAACUGAUGAAGUCAGAGGAAAACUCUUACGGAUUCUGUGGCUAAAACCUUUGGUGUCUAUUCUAAACAGAGGAAUCGUAAUUCGUAAGACAGGCAUGAAUUGAAAAAGCAAACUUGGAUGGGCAAAAGUUUUGAUCAGCAAUAUUUGGAGAUGACUGGACUCAAGCUAGAAUUAGGGAGAACUGGAAAGCGGGAUUGUUUUCUUCAGUAAUCUUUGGUUCUUAUGUUAAGAGCUGGACUGGAACCAAAUACUCUAAAUCUGUUGGAUCAGGAAGAGCACCUGAAAGGACCCUUCCAGAUGAUCUUCUAAGAUGGAGAGAGGCUCACAGAGGGCAGAAGGGGAUUCUGGAUGUUCUGAUCGUUUGACUCCUGAGGCGACGACUGCAUCUUCUCCCAGGAGCCCUGAUGCAGAGAGUGCACGAAAUGCUGGUAAAAACAGAGCUCUCACACCUAAGUGCAUUAAAGACAGAAUAUUCAUUAUAGCAACUGUUGUUCUAGUCAUCCUUUUGAGCAUUGUUAUAAUUGCACUGGCUGUUAAAAAAACAGAAAUAUUUCUGCCUUGUCCUCCAUUUGUUAGCGUUGUUGCCUGUCCAGAUUCCUGGAUUGGAUACAAAGGAAAAUGUUUCUAUAUAUCAAAAGAAGAAAGGGAUUGGCUUACCAGUUUAAAGAACUGUUCCUCAUUUAAUGCAUUGUUGGCUGUGAUUGAUACUCAGAGUGAAUUGGAUUUCUGGGUGGAGUUUUUGGGUGCCCCUCAUUACUGGUUUGGUCUCUCAAGAGAAGUUAACCAGAUCUGGAAAUGGUCCAAUGGCACAGAGUUUAAAGAACAGUUUCCAGUGCGAGGGGAAGGCUUGUGUGCAUAUGUGAAUGAAAAGGGGGCCAGCAGCACCGUGUGCUCCACAGAGAAAUACUUUCUCUGUAGCCGGCCAGAAAGUUGUGCCACGGGUGGAUAACGCAACCCCAUCAAAAGAGGAGCGCUCCUGGCUUGUCUAAUACUCACUGGAGAAGCACGUGCGCAUACAUAGGCUCUCCUGGCACAACCGGACGUGGAACUUGCCUCAUGGGCUCAGUUGUAAUCCUGAGGGUCCAAGCACCUCUUCAGAUCCUAGCUGAACAAGGCUGUCCUGUUGCUUAUCUAAUGUCCCCGCUGGAGAAUUUCACGCUUCCCUGAUAUGUCCAUGUUACAUCACUACAUCUCAUUGUGUUACAUGCUGAAGCUGUAUAAUAGCUUCACCUCCCUUGCGCUCCUCCACCAGCAUCUUCCAAGAAGGUGACAGUCCCCUCAAGAAGGGCAGCUGACUGGAUGGGCCUAUUACGUCCCAGAAGAUUGACUCAUUUCCUUUACUACAUCCUUCGACUUAACUUUUCCUUUUGUGGUCAGAGUGUUGACGGGCUAUCUGUACUUCAGAUCUGCUGCUUUCUUUAGGAGAAAGAAUGUUUUUUACAUAGCUAUUACUAAUUAUUUGACAUUA